UCUUGUUAAAACAUGGCGGAUAUCAACUUGGGGUUUACGAAUAUAAGCCAAGCGGCUGAACAGCAGCAAAAUACUGAAAAAGGGGAAGUUCAAAGUACAUCUUUAGGAAAAGAAGAAAAGAAAGAUAGUGACGAAACUAUAGGAUCACAAGAAGCAGAAAAAGAAGGCAAUAAAAAAGCUUCAUGUAACAAAAAAGAUGACGAAUCCCAUGUGAAAGAUUACAAUGAUUUUAAAAAUAAAGCAACACCUUUUGCACACUUCAAAGUAAGACGAAACGGAAAGUUUUGCACUGGAGAAUAUUAUCAUCACUUUAUUGUAAUAAGGAUCUCCAAUAACGUUAACAGUGAUAGGACAGAUGAUUUCACAGUUGCCCAUUUUACAAGUUCUGCAGAAAUUUUAACUGAAAACAGCCAAGGAUCCGGCAAAUUCACAUGUCAGACAAUUUCAAAGGAUCAUAAUCUUUUAGGAUAUGGCACAAUAGAAACACCAGGAUUAUAUUUAGUAAAACACCCUGAAUAUCCAAAGAAUGAGGACGAAAUUAGCAAGGCAUGGAAACGCCUUUACGAACGACUUGGAGAACGAGAUUAUCAACUUUCCUGGAAUAAUUGUGAACAUGUUGUCAAGUAUAUCCUCACCGGUAAAAGUUCGUGUAAACAGGUGGAUGAGAACAGAUGUCGUGCAGAUUGUUUCAAUUUUUUGAUCGAUUUGAGGGAAGUGGGACUAAGAGCGGCAUUAUUAGUCUCAUCAUUAGGCGCCAUUGCCGGUUCAUUAGUUCGGCGUGCUUACGUCACGAUUAUUGUUGCUGCGAUUGUCAGUUAUAGUGUCGGAACGCUAGAACAUGUUCCUAAAUGUGGAAAUAAGAUAGGAGCAAAUAUAAUUAAUGAAGCAGAGGCAAGAAUCAAGGUAGCGGAGUCAAGAUCCAGAAUUGCGGAACAAACCAGCAAGCAGCAUCUAAAUGGAACAAAACAGUACUUGUAUAAUAAGUUUGUCUGUGACUUGGCGGGACAGCUCGCGGAGGAUGCUGUUUUUAAAACGUGUGGAGCUUCUUUAGUAGUAUCGGUUGCUAUAGAAACAAUUUUUCUUUAUUAUUAUGUUUAUUACAGUUUACUUCCAAAACGCAGAAAGAUUCUGUGUGCAAAAGAAUUUUGCCGUAUCGUUUUCUUGCACGUGUUGGGCGGAUAUGGUUCAAUCCUUUUAUCUAUUUUAUGUGGCUAUUUCGGUUUCUUAAAUUUGAAUCGUCCAGCACUGGUAUAUUUUUUAGUUGUAUUUUUUGUUGGUUUCUCUUUCCGCUAUCUGCUGACAAUAAUUGGUGGGAUGAUGUUUGAUUUGUGUCAUUGUCAGCGUUGUCUUAACUGUUACGAAAAAUGUGAACAUUGUUGCAUACCGGUAUGGUAUUGUAGCGGUAAAUGUGGAAAAAUAGGUUUUGCUAUAGUUACCAUUAUUUUUCUUGGUGGCAUUGGUUGUGCGUUAUAUUUCUUUCUUCGGUAAACAAAGUGCUUACUUUUUUUGCUAACCAGUUAUUAUACAGUGUAUAAGUAAAUUCGUGUUAAUGUUUUCAUUUCAAUGAUUUACAAUGAAUUGUGACUUUUUUAUUCAUGGGUCAUGUAAUUUUUCAUUUAAUUUUAAUUCUGUGUAAAUCUUGUAAUUAUGUAAUAUGUAUGUUUGUUAGAGAAAUACAUAUGUCACUUGCAAGGUCGCGUUAUUAUAUAUUAAAACUUUUGAAUAAAAGCUUGACAUUUGAA